UUUACACAAUCAAGAACCACCACCGUAAGAGCACGAAGUCUUCACUUUGCCACUUCUUUCUCUCUCUGGUUUCUCUCUCUGGUUUCUCUCUCCAAAACCCUCCGAUUCAAGUAAGAAAUUCUACAUGGUCACACCCGACGGCUACGAGAUCAUGACGUACACCUGCGCCGGCACCGGAGGCAACGACGACGAAGCUCAAGAUUGCAUGGACAUGGCUUCAUCUAUUCGGGCAGUUGAAAAACUUCUAAAUUACACAUUUAAGAACAAAAAAUUGGCAGAAGAUGCCUUAACUCACUCCUCUUUCACCGAUUCCACCUCUUACCAACGCCUCGAGUUCGUCGGCGACGCCGCUUUGGGUCUCGCGAUUUCCAAUUAUGUGUUCUUAGCCUACCCCGACCUUGAGCCUGGCCUACUCUCUCUCCUCCGCGCUGCCAAUAUCAGUACCGAGAAGCUCGCUCGGGUCGCAGUCCGACACGGGUUGUACAGAUAUGUCCGCCAUAAUGCCAGCGCUCUUGAUGAGAAGGUCAGAGAUUUCGCUAUAUCGGUUGAGGGAGAAGAUGAGACAGAGGUGUACGGUGGGGCGGUCAAGGCGCCGAAAAUUCUUGCGGACAUUGUGGAGUCUGUGGCGGCUGCUGUAUAUGUUGAUUGUGGAUUUGAUUUGAAAGCUUUGUGGGUGAUUUUCAGAGAUUUAUUAGAACCCAUCGUGACACUUGAUGUACUCCAGCAACAACCGCAACCUGUGACAAUGCUUUUUGAGCUAUGCCAAAAGGAUGGAAAGCAGGUUGAUAUAAGGCAUUGGAGGAAAGGGGAGAAAAACAUUGCUAGUGUUUACGUCGAUGGGACAUUUAUCGCCUCGGGUUGCUCAGAACAGAAAGAAAAUGCAAAGCUUCAUGCAGCGAAGGCAGCUUUGAAGAAGUUGUCAUAUCCCACAACCAACGACAAAAUGGCUUUAGACCUUUAUGUUGACUUAAAUGGAACAAAUGAUAUUGAAGGAGCAAAACAAAAGUUACAUGAGUUUUGUGACAAAAAGAAAUGGCCAAAACCAAGUUAUAAGUUGGGACCACGGAUGGGGUUUAUGGUGUUUAUGUACAUCUCUAGCUGA